AUGUCUUGGCUUCAAGUCUCGCCCGAGUCGCACUUCUCCCUGGCCAACAUCCCCUUCGGCAUCGUCGAGCGAGCGGACGGAGUUCGAGUCGGCGCUUCGCGAAUCGGCGACAAUGUGAUCGACUUGAGUAAGGUUGAGAAAGCGGGUUUGUUGACGGAUGCUUUGGGAUCCAACUCGAAUGUCUUUUCCCAAGUGAGUCACACUGGAGCUGCCACUUUUGUCGUCCCCCGUUUUGAGCUCGGCGUUGACGGUUCAACCGAAUGACUUGCGCAGCCGACCCUCAACGCUUUCGCUACCUUGUCCCCCUCGGUUCGCUCCAGCACUCGAUCCGCGAUCCAAAAACUCUUGAUCUCGUCCGACUCGAACAAGUUCCAACAAGACUCUGCCGCCCAAAAAAGCGUCGUACUCCCCCUCAACUCCGUCAAGCCCUGCCUCCCUUUCCAAAUCCCCGAUUUUGUGGAUUAUUCCGUCUUCCCCGCUCACGGCACGAACGCCGGUCGAGCCAUCUUUGGUCCCGAUACCAAGCUCCCCGCUUCUUUCAAUGCCUUGCCGAUGGUUUACAAUGGUCGUGCGGGGACGGUCUCAGUCUCAGAAGAGAUCACGCGACCUCGAGGACAGACCAGGGCUUUUUCGGCUCAGCGUGAGGUCGAGAUUGGAGAGUGCAAGGCUUUGGACUGGGAGUUCGAGAUCGUGAGUUCUUGCCUUCGGAUGAGGGUACACACAGGUGCGCGAAGAACUUUGAUCACGUCCAAGUGCUGACACAAUUACAAACCCUUGUCUGGAACUCCCAGGGUGCCUUCGUUGCCAAUCCGACGGAAGAAGGCACUGCUCUGAGCCCUAGUUCGGCACAUGAUCACAUCUUCGGCUACGUUCUCCUCAACGAUUGGUCCGCUCGUGACAUCCAAGCGUUCGAGAUGGUUCCCUUGGGUCCUUUCAACGGCAAAUCCUUCGCGACCACGAUCUCACCCUGGGUCGUCACUCCCGAUGCCCUCAAGCCGUUCGCUGCUGAUCUUCCUCCUCGAUUGGAGGGCACACCUUUCGAGCAACCGGAGUACCUUGCCGAGGCGCCGGGAGCUAAGUCCAACUUUCAUAUCGAUUGCGAAACGCUCCUUCGAGGUAAAGUCGACAUUAGAGAACAGUGACGGUUCGCCAGUCGCUGGUCCGUUACUGAUCCUUGCUUCUUCUCUACGCUGAUCAGUUGCUGAGGAUCCUUCGACGGCCCACCCGGUUUCCCGAGCUCAAUUCGACCAGAUGUUCUGGUCCUUCCCACAACUGAUCGCAUACCAGACCUACGCCGGUGCACGUAUCUCGACCGGCGAUCUACUCGGAUCGGGCACGAUUUCAAACGAAGGCGACGCCGCUCAGGGUUGCAUGCUCGAGCUCUCUCAGGCUGGCAAGCGACCCCUUCGAGUUGGCAACUACGAGCGACGAUGGAUCCACGAUGGUGACGAGGUUAUAUUCACGGCUUCCGCUGGUGUCGACGGAGCGAAAGUUGGCUUCGGCGACCUCAAGGGCAAGGUCAACCCGACCAAAACUUUGAAAAUGAUCUAA